AUGGAAAGAUCAUUGUUCGUGGUUGGUUUGUUCAUAUAUACUUUGUGGGGAACUCAGGUGCAAUCCUUGUCUUUUGAGUACCUCUCUGAUUUUGUUGUGGAGGGAGGUAGAUCUAUUAAUGUAACUGUCGACGAGACAAAGGAGUUCGACUAUCGCUUGUCACGUGAGUGCCCGUCUAAAUGUAGAGAAUUGGUAAGCAUAAAUAUUUAUCAUUUACGUGAUAAAAGUGUUAAACACAGUAUUUAUUUCAUAUUUCAUGAAGCAGCAGGUGCAGCUUUUCCUGUGACAUUAACUCGUAUCCCGAAAGGCUUUUCUUUGAAAGCCGAAGAUAACGAUGUGGUGGAUCCAUUAUUCGUCAUACGGGUGGAUGUUUACGACAAAACGAAUGCCGUUAAAUCUCUGAAAUCUCUCCGAUUCACUUUUGUCGACAAUGACAGGACACCAGUCAAGAUUAUAGAGGGUUCGUUGGAUCCUCUUCAAGUCACAGUAGUUCAUCCUCCAAAUAUGCCUCAAACCGAAUACACAUUUACAGACGUUCUAGAUCAGAAUUUUAACAAACGAUGGCAGUUGGAUCCUUUGAAAGUAGUAUUUAAUGAAAAUGAGGGAGGUAAUAAGACCUUGCAGAUCUUUCCUAGGGAUGAUAGAAAAGUGGAGGUUCCUACCAAAUACAUUCUAGUCAUUAAAAGACUCUCAACCUGUGAGCCUGUACAACGCUACUAUAAACACGUCGCAGUUGAAGUGAAUGAUAAUGAUGUGGAAGGUGAAUUUAAAAAUUGGUCUUCUUGGUCAGCAUGCACAGUAAACUGGGUGGGACCAUUCCGGGAUUGUUAUAAAAAGCGCACUCGGGAAUGUCAACAUAAAGAAAGUAACUUCGGUGGAACUCCGAUUUGUUCCGGAGCUAGUGUUGAAACAAUAGAUGUGCCAUGUAGCAACUGCACAGCGACGUAGAUCACAAUUGGCUACAAUAUCUCCAGUUGGAAUGCCUGUUAAUAUUUAACAUUUUCUUUUUAAGUUAUUUAUUAUCAAAAAUGUUCAUUGAAUUCCCAAUUUUUCUUUUUAUUUUUGUCUCUAAUGUCUAUAUUCUUAUGAAUGUUG